AUGCGAGAUAUUCGCAGAGUUAGAAUGCGGGAUAUUUGCUCCGUUACAAUGCAGAAUAUUCGAUCAGUUACAAUGUGGGAUAUUCGAUCAGUUACAAUGCGGGAUAUUCUAUCAGUUACAAUGCGGGAUAUUCGAUCGGUUACAAUGCGGGAUAUUCGAUCGGUUACAAUGCGGGAUAUUCGAUCAGUUACAAUGCGGGAUAUUCGAUCAGUUACAAUGUGGGAUAUUCGUUCGGUUACAAUGUGGGAUAUUCGAUCAGUUACAAUGCAGGAUAUUCUACCAGUUACAAUGCGGAUAUUCGAUCAGUUACAAUGCGGAUAUUCGUUCGGUUACAAUGCGGAUAUUCGUUCGGUUACAAUGCAGGAUAUUCAACAUUAA